UCAAGGGUGUUGCACCAAUAAUCAUAAGCUAUCUACGCAGUCUCAUUAUUACCACACCCAAGCAAACAGGACAGGCUCUGACUCGUGUUCUGCUUACCGGGGACCGUUGCACGUGAACUGGAGAAACACAGACCUUCCGGGAUUCGCGUGCGGACGUGCGUGCCUGCAUGUGUAUGUAAUCUCUAGAAGUUGGCCGCAGACCGCGACUCGAAUAACAAUUUCCCCGUCCACGCCUCCUAACUCCCGACUCUCCCAUCGAUUCCGUACUCACGACGUGCCAUGUCAUGAAGGCGCUUCUCCUCGGCGCAUGACGAGUGAAACUAUUCCGAACCGUCCUUGGCCACCGCUUCCCCAUAUCCACGAACAAACCCGAAUCCAUCGCCCCUAAGCUUUCACCAUGGCGUCCGGAGGGGGAAAUAUCAAGGUGGUGGUACGGUGCAGACCGUUCAACGGGAGAGAAAUCGAUAGAAAGGCACAAUGUAUCGUCCAAAUGAAGGGCGACCAGACCGUCCUUACUCCGCCCAGCAACUUUGAGACCAAAGGAAAGGCCGCGAAAGCUGCAGCCGAAGGAUCUAAAACGUUCAAGUUUGACAAAUCCUACUGGUCAUUCGAUCGCAAAGCUCCCAACUAUGCCGGACAAGACGAUUUAUUUGUUGACCUCGGCAAGCCUCUACUGGAUAAUGCAUUCUUGGGGUUCAACAACUGUAUCUUUGCAUAUGGACAGACUGGUUCAGGAAAAUCAUACUCAAUGAUGGGAUAUGGAGAAGACGCAGGAGUUAUCCCAAAAAUCUGCCAGAACAUGUUCGAGAGGAUAACCGAAAUGCAAUCGGACAAGAAUUUGAGUUGUACUGUGGAAGUUUCGUACCUGGAGAUCUAUAACGAGCGCGUACGCGACCUGUUGAAUCCAUCGACAAAAGGAAAUCUUAGGGUCCGAGAGCAUCCGUCGACAGGUCCUUAUGUCGAGGAUUUAGCCAAGCUGGUAGUGAGAUCUUUCUCUGAGAUUGAGAACUUGAUGGACGAAGGAAACAAAGCCCGUACUGUAGCGGCGACAAACAUGAACGAAACAUCAUCUCGAUCCCACGCAGUGUUUACGCUUACUUUGACCCAAAAGCGGCACGAUGUCGAAACCAGCAUGAGCGGAGAGAAGGUUGCGAAAAUCAGUUUGGUGGAUUUGGCAGGUUCAGAGAGAGCGCAGUCGACUGGUGCAACAGGAGCACGCCUGAAAGAGGGCGCAGAGAUCAACAGAUCGCUGUCUACCCUAGGUCGUGUUAUUGCUGCGCUCGCCGACAUGUCAUCAGGAAAGAAGAAGGCUCAGGUGCCAUACCGUGACUCUGUCCUCACCUGGUUGCUGAAGGACUCCCUGGGAGGUAAUAGUUUAACAGCUAUGAUUGCCGCAAUUUCUCCCGCAGACAUUAAUUUCGAAGAAACUCUUUCCACUUUACGUUAUGCUGAUUCGGCGAAACGAAUCAAGAACCACGCCGUUGUCAACGAGGAUCCCAACGCUCGUAUGAUUCGGGAGCUUAAAGAAGAACUUGCACAGCUCCGCUCAAAACUUAGUGGUGGAGGUUCCUCGGGUAUGGUUGAGGAGCAGUACGCGCCAGAUACACCCUUGGAGAAACAAAUCGUUUCUAUUGCGCAGCCUGACGGAACCGUCAAGAAGGUUUCAAAGGCAGAAAUUGUAGAACAACUGGACCAAUCGGAGAAACUGUACAAUGACCUCAAUCAAACCUGGGAAGAGAAAUUGCAGAAGACGGAAGAAAUUCACAAAGAGCGAGAAGCUGCACUUGAGGAAUUGGGUAUCAGUAUUGAGAAAGGUUUCGUUGGACUGUCAACACCAAAGAAAAUGCCCCAUUUGGUUAACUUGAGUGACGACCCUCUGUUGGCAGAGUGCUUGGUCUAUAAUCUUAAGCCUGGUACAACUACCGUCGGAAACGUCGAUACCGAGAACCAAACAGCAGAAAUCAGGCUGAAUGGAGCACAGAUCCUAGACGAUCACUGUACCUUUGAGAACGUUGAUGGUGCUGUCACUGUCAUUCCUAGGGACAACGCUGGUGUCAUGGUGAAUGGCAUUCGCAUCGACAAACCUAAACGACUGAGGAGUGGUUUCCGUAUCAUCCUUGGCGACUUCCAUAUUUUCCGGUUCAACAAUCCCCAGGAGGCUAGGGCUGAACGAGCAGAGGUCGUAGGGUCCAGCUUGCUCCGCCACUCUAUAGCAGCAAGUCAACUGGGCUCACCUUCCCCGCGUCCUGGGCAUGACAGAUCGUUCAGUACUGUCAGUAGGGCAGAUUCAGAGUUUGACUCAGAUAGCCCAAGGGCUAUGUCACCUGCGCCAUUUCAAAGGCCUGGCAGAGAUUCGGAUUGGAGCUUUGCAAGAAGAGAGGCCGUGACUGCUCUUUUGGGUACUGAUCAAAAGAUUGCAGCUCUGCCAGAUGAUGAGUUUGAUGCGCUCUUCGAGGACCUUCAGAGGCUGCGAGCGACACGUAAAGCACGCCCGGAAAGUCGAUUGUUAUCAGAGAACGAAGAAGACACAGACUCCGUCAGCUCGUAUCCAGUACGAGAAAAAUAUGCCUCGACUGGGACAAUCGAUAAUUUCUCUCUCGACACAAUGUUGACGAUGCCAUCAACGCCACUACCAGGAGAAGAAGAGGAUCGCCUAAGGCAGUCCAAGGAGGAUAUGCAGGAAAUUCUCGACAAACAGAAAGAAGGUUAUCAAGCAAAAUUGAAAUCCGCGGAAAGCUCCAAUGUUGAAAUUGAAGAGAUAAAAGUCGAGAAGGCAAAAAUGGAGGAGAACUUACGCACUGCAAAAGAAGCCAUGCAGAAGCAGCUUCAGGAGCAACAAGAUGCGUUCAAUCGUCAUCUUGAAGAACUCGGCCACCAACCAAUGUCCCCUCCACCCUCAACCAUUGAGUCCGGAUCAGCUGAGCCGACGGAGAAACAAGUUGAACUUGUACGCAAGGUCUUCCAGCAUUGGAGACAGCGGAAGUAUGUUACCAUGGCGGAGACGAUUCUUCAAAACGCCGCAAUCCUCAAAGAAGCCCAGGUCAUGAGCCAACAGCUAGACAAAAACGUUGUCUUUCAGUUUUGCAUCGUCGAUGUAGGUCAUAGUUUCGGUUCCUCCUAUGACUUGGUGUUGAACGGUAUUUCUGGGGAGGAUGAUGAGUUCCUUGAAAAUACCCCAAAGCCGUGUGUAGGUGUUCGGGUGGUCGACUUCAAGAACGACGUUGUGCAUCUUUGGUCACUACAGAAGUUGCGCUUCCGUGUCCGUUUGAUGCACCAAAUGCACCAGUACCUGAACAGACCGGAAUACCUUCAACACUUCAGCCUCGAAAACCCGUUCAACGAACCUUGCAUGCCUGAGUUCUCUCGCAUUGGCGAUGUCGACGUGCCUUUGGCUGCUGUCUUCGAAUCGAGAGUGCAGGAUUUCAGUCUCGAUGUCAUUUCACCAUACACCGCCAAUGUCAUUGGCAUAAUUCGUUUGGCCCUUGAACCUUCGUCAGCCGAGGCACCUUCCACAACGCUCAAAUUCAAUGUGGUGAUGCACGAUUUGGUCGGUUUCCCCGAGAGAGAAGGUAGCCAAGUACAUGGGCAGCUCUUCUUACCUGGUAUCUCGGACGAAGGUGGUGCAACAACAACACAGAUGAUCAGCGAUUUCGAAGAAGGUCCAGUCCGCUUUGAAAGUGUCCACAGUAUGAGUUUGCCUUACCCAAGUCCACGAACGGCAUUUUUGCGUGUUUCCAUUUUUGCGAAGGUAACAAGCAUGCAUCUUGACAAGCUUUUGAGCUGGGACGAUAUGCGGGACUCGGCUGCGAAACCAACGCAAAAGCGCCAUAAUGCACGACUUCCAGAGUCUGAGUACUUCACCGAGGACACACAUGACAUAUUCUCUCGCAUACAAAUACAUGAGAUCUCGGAAGACGGUACAUAUCAACCGGUUGAGGUCCUCCAAAACAAUGCUGUGGACUCUGGUGCAUACCAACUGCAUCAAGGACUACAGCGCCGCAUUGUCGUCAACCUUACACAUACAGCUGGCGAGACACUUCAAUGGCAGAAUGUGUCCGCUUUGCGUGUCGGCCGUAUCCGACUUCUUGAUGCUGCAGGCAAUGCCCCGGCACUUGAUUCCCCAGUCAAAGAGGUUCCUGUGAAGCUUGUCUCUCCGCCCGUAGUCAAGAAUAAUGCCGAUGGUACCACAAAUGUUACCUUCAUUGGGCAGUGGGACUCAAGUAUGCAUGGCUCAUUGCUUUUGGAUCGAGCAACACCAGACAAAUACCGCGUACAGGCUUCUCUUCUCUUCAAUGUUACGUCUUCGAAAUUGACGGAGCCUAUGGUGUUUUCCCUCGACGUUCACCUGCAAAUCCGAGGCCGAACAUAUAUUCGUCAGACGAGCAUGUUCAUGCAGCUUUGGAACUCUACCCGCGUUGUUCACUCUACAGUUGGCAUCUUCUCUGUUGCAAUCAGGCCGACCAGUGUGAAGCGAGCUACUGACCUGUGGCGUAUGGAUACCAAAGAUUCUUACAUCAAUGGAGAAGAAGCCCUUUCCGGCUGGACGCCCCGAGGUGUGUCACUUGUUCGGGAUUAUAUCUCGACGAUGAAACGUCGCCAUCGUAUCAACGACAUCGAGACCGCACGCUCAGUUCUUAGCUCGCGAGCGCUCGCGACGUUCCCUGCAUCUUCAUCGAUCUCCUCACUUGAUGAUCGUCAAAAGGAUAUUUUAACUCGUGUGAUCUCCCUUUGGAAAACGAAAAAGGCCCCGGCGGAGGUCAUUCUUAAUCCAACAAACCUGGAGCCACCGGCCAACGGGGCAGCUUUUGCUCGCCAACCAUCUCCCAGUCCAGAUGGGCAAGAAGUACCAGUACCACCACCCUCUCUUACCGCAACCGUGCGGUACAUUGCGAAAAAUCCGAAUCUCAUGAAAGGCGGUUAUCUACUCACUCCAGAUCCCUCCAACACACGCUGGGUGCGUCGAUACGUAGAAUUGCGCAAACCCUACCUCCACAUAUAUUCGGUCCCUGAAGGCGAUGAGCUCAAUGCAAUCAAUCUUUCCAAUUCGAGGAUCGACCAUAGUCCACAGAUUGCGCGGCUGCUUACCAAUAGCUCAAAUGGCACCGCGCCCCAGAAGUUGGCUGAUUGUGUCUGGGCGGUCUUUGCACGGAGCAACACCUACCUUUUUCGAGCAAAGGCUGAAAGGGAGAAAAUUGAAUGGAUACUCAGGAUUGACCAAAGCUAUUUCAGCACCCCAGGAAGCGCGACACCUGAGGAGUAAUUGAGCGUUGUAUAUCUGUAUAUAUUACAUGCAUGACAUGGCGGAUCACUCUCGUUUGUUUUGUUUUUGGUUCGUCCCCUUAUGAAAAGGACUGACGACCUCUGUAACGAAGACCAUUUUUAUUUCAUUUUGUUUGAUAGCCCUGUCAUGAGCCGUGAGCUCGUGCACACUGGCGUUGAUGAACGAAUCUGUUUAGGAUACCCUGAGCGUACUGACGGGAUUUAGAACCAUGUCUAUAAUCAAUCAUACUAGAAAACAUCAUAUCAUAAC